AUGGAUAUUUCGAAACUAUGUCGUUGCUGUAUGAAAGAAGUAGCGUCAUGGGAAAUAGAGAAUUUUAAUGCUAAUGCUGUUGAAAUGUUUUCUUUUUGUACAAAUGUGAAGAUUACCGAUAAUGAAAAACUUCCAAAACAGUUUUGUUACGACUGUAUAAUUAAAAUUGAAUCAUGUUAUGCAUUUAUAAAGGAAGCACAAAAUGUUAAUAUGACCCUCAAAAAUAUCGCAUCGAGAAGCGAAAAAAGCGUAAUAAUAGAACCUGAAACCUCUAAAACUAUUGAAGAGCCAAACAAACUUAGAUUGACUUUACCAGAUUACAAAUUAUCUGUCGGUAUUAAUAUUGAUGACCAGAGCGUUUUUGAUGAUAGUGAUAAUAUUUAUAAAGAAAAAUUAAACAAUAAUAUACACACUUUGCUGCAGUCUGUAACAGUGCAAAAUAAAACUAAUGAUAAGCAAAAUACAAAGUGCAGUGUGAAUGAGGACACCAAAAGCGAUAAUUCAAGCAAGAAUAUAUGCACAGUGUGCAGAAAAUCAUUUAUAUCUAAGAAAUGGUUUACAAAGCACAUGGAAAAAGAGCAUUCCGGACACAAAUAUGCAUGUGCAUAUUGUCCAAAAUUAUUUUCAAAACCAUUCCAACUGGCAUACCAUACAACAUCACACUCAAAUGAAAGGAAAUUUUCAUGUACCACUUGUGGUAAAAGCUUUAAGUAUAGAAAACAGCUGACAAUUCAUAAUAGAGCCCACUCUGACGUGAGACCGUAUGCCUGUGAUAAGUGCUCCAUGAGAUUUAAGAUGAAGAGUGUACUAAAGUGUCAUAUGAAAGUGCAUGAUGUGAAACAGUACUUGUGUUCCUAUUGUGGAUGGAGUUUUGGUCAAGCUCACAACUUACAAGUGCACCUCCGGAUCCACACAGGCGCCAAACCCCACGCCUGUACGCAGUGCAACUUCCGCACUGCCGCCGCGUCCUCCCUGCGGCGCCACCAGCGACGGCACUCCGACUCCAGGGUGUACGUGUGUACACAUUGCAGGAAAGGGUUCUAUGAUGCGAGUGGACUGGCGCGCCACACGCGCACGCACACGGGCGAGCUGCCGUACAAGUGCCCGGGCUGCGCGCGCGCCUUCGCCGACAGCUGGAAGCGCAAGACGCACCUCAUGCGCGCGCACCGCCUCGCGCUGCACGACAUCCCGCGCAUGCGCACGGACGGACAGACACUCGCACAACAACCGUUGCUUAUCAAC